ACAAAAUUAUAGUUAUGUCAGCUAUUGGAAUUGAUCUUGGUACAACGAACUCAUGUGUAGGCGUUUAUAUAAAAAAUCAGAUUAAAAUCAUUGAAAACUUCGAGGGCAAUCGAGUAACUCCAUCGUUUGUAUCGUUCACUGAAGAUGAGAGGCUAGUAGGUGAUGCCGCAAAACUAGAAGCGCAUUUCAAUGUUGAAAACAGUUUGUUCGAAAUCAAACGGUUGAUCGGUCGAACCUAUGAUGAUCCAAUUGUACAAGCUGACAUGAAACUGUGGGGAUUCACCGUUAUCAAUGAAGAUAAUAGGCCAAAAAUACCCGUUAUUUCAAUUAGUCGGCGUAAAAUAUUUUCUCCGGAGGAAAUAAGCGCAAUGGUUCUCGAGUCUUUAAAAAUAUCAGCUGAAGUUAAAUUGCGUAAACAAGUCAAAGAUGCUGUGAUAACGGUGCCAGCCUAUUUCAACGAUGCACAACGGAGUGCAACAAGAGAUGCCGGAAUUAUUGCGGGACUCAACGUUCUACGUAUUAUCAAUGAGCCAACUGCUGCGGCCAUCGCCUAUGGAUUGGACCAAGAGAACAAAGAGAAGCAAACGGUGAUUGUAAUUGACUUAGGAGGUGGUACAUUUGACGUCACCAUUGUCAAUAUUGAGGAGGGUGUUUUUGACGUGAUAGCUACUGGAGGAGAUACGCACUUGGGAGGCAAUGAUUUUGACAAUGUGUUGGUGGAACACUUUGUAGCUGAAUUCAAUAGUAUGAACAAAUGUGACAUGUCAAAUGACAAAGUGGGAGUUUCUCGACUACGCUUUGCCUGCGAAUAUGCGAAAAAGCUGCUUUCAGUAAAGACUAUUGCAACAAUUCAAGUAGAUGGGAUUUUUAAUGGUCUUCAUAUAAGAAGCAAACUUAGUCGAGCAAAGUUCGAAGAUUUGAACUGCAAUUUUUUCUCACAAGUCAUGAAGACGAUCAAAGAUACACUUUCAGAUGCAAACAUGACUAACGAUCAGAUAAAUAGCGUCGUCUUGAUUGGAGGUUCAACCCGAAUUCCAAAAAUUCGGAAACUUAUUGAAAAUUUCUUUGGGAAAGAAAAAAUAAACGGAAGUGUAAAUCCAGAUGAGGCCGUUGCGCAAGGAGCCGCUGCUUUGGCAGCACUCAUAUGUUCAGAGGAUUUGCCACCAAAGUUCACACUUAAAGACGUGGCGCCACUUUCUAUCGGCUGGAAAAAUUCGAAAGGAGCCAUGGUUCCAGUGAUUAAGCGCAAUACAAAAAUACCAACAGAAAAAUGGUGCAAAUCGCGAACUGCUCAUGAUAAUCAAACUAAAGCAACUAUGAAGCUUUAUGAAGGAGAAAGAUCUGCUGCCGAUGACAAUCAUUAUCUCGGAACUAUAUCUAUUGAUGUACCUUCAGCGCUUAAAGGCGUGGAAGAAUUUCGUACAUGCUUUUCUCUUGAUGUUAGUGGAAUUCUAACUGUAGUUGACCAUAGCGUGAGCACUGGAAAGUCAAAAUAUAUCACAGUUGGAAACAAAAGUAGACUUAGCGCUGAAGAAGUUGCAGCGAUGGUUGAAAGAGCUGAAAUACUCAAGAAAGAAGAUACCGAGUGGAAGUCACGUUGUGAUAAAGUUCACGAGCUUGAGGACUUCAUGUAUUCUGUCAAACAUUCGUUCGACGAUCCACGAUUAAAACACGUCACCGAAAAAAACAAAGCGAAAGUGUUAGAAAAGUGCGAAGAAAUAACAAAAUGGAUAAAAUUUAACAAGAAUCCAAAAGUUCAUGAGUCAAAAGAUAAGCAAGAAGAACUCGAAGAAACAUGCAGACAUAUAUUCCAUGGAAGUUCGGGGGGUUACAAACUCCUGCAAGAACUGAGAAAGUAA